UGUUAUCGGCCGUUUUGUUUUUAGUUGUGUUUUAUUAGGUAUAUUAUUUAUAGCAGAUAUAAUAUUUUCAAGUUUUAUCAACAUUCAUAUAUUUAUAAGUGCAAAUUUCGAAAAAUAUGUUAAAACCAAAAGCCCUAACCCAAGUGCUUGCACAGGCAAAUACUGGUGGUGUGGAGAAUACAUUAUUACUUAGUCAAGAAGGCGCUUUGCUUGCCUACGCUGGUUAUGGAGACAAGGAUGCUCGUGUCACUGCGGCAAUCGCAAGUAGUAUCUGGGCGGCGUACGAAAAACAUGGGCGCAAUGCAUUUCGUGAAGAUCGACUAACAUUUGUAUUAUUGGACUGUGAAUGUGGGCAUGUGGCUAUAACUCAGGUGGCGAGCAUAUUGCUUUGUUUGUAUGCAAAGGAAACGGUUGGUUUGGGUUUACUUAAACAGAAGGCGAUGGCAUUGGCAAAUUAUCUAGAGGGACCAUUAAAACAGAUUGCAGCUACAUAAAACACACAUAAACGUUUAUCUACAGUAUAUGUGUGUGUUGAUCAAGCCAAAAUAGUGGAAUAAUAAUAUAUUAAGCCUUUAAAUAAAAGUAAAUUAGUAACGAAAAAUCUAGAAA